CCUCCCUCUUCCCCAGAGCGGCCGCUCGUCAGCGCCGGUGCCUCAGGGGCCGCCCCGUCCAACGGAAGCGGCUGUUGCUAGGAGACGGGGGACGCGACUUGCUCCAGGGUGGGAGGAGCAAGAGCCCAGCAGCCAUGCCGAAGAAGGGGCGCAAGGCGGCCCCCCUGAGCGAGGAGGAGCAGUUGCUGCUGAUGCAGCAGAAGAUGCUGGCGGAGGAGGAGCUGAGCAAGAAGAAGGAGGACAUGCUCACCCAGUUCCUGAAGGACAAGCUGGCGAAGGAGGAGCAUAACAGCACCCUCAACAUGAAUAAAAUCAACCUGCAAUGGCGCACAGUGCUGCGGGAAGUCAAGGCCAGAGAACUGCGCAAGGACAUCGAGAUCCUGAGCCAGACCUUUGAGCGGGUGGUGGACUGCAAGGACAGCGUCAUCCGAUCGCUGGCCAGGGACCUGUCUGAGGCAGAGGCGCAGUACACUCAUGCCCUGUGCAGCCACCUGCACAACAUCGACCAGUUGCUGCAGCUCCAGGGGUGCCGCCUCGGGUACCUGGAUGAAGAUUACAACACUGAGCUGGAGGCCCUGAAGAAGGAGUUUGAGACAGAAAGGAGGAUGAUCAUCGAGCACCAUGACAAGGAGAGCCGCUACCUGCAGGACGUGCUGCUGGCCCUGGAGCAGAACUUCAGUGAGAGCGAGUACGAGGCCAAGCUGGACUUCCAGAGCACCAGGGACGACGUCAAGAACAAGAACCUAGAGGAGAAGCACUAUCUGCGUGUGCAGCUGGAGGGCACAGUGGAGGAGCUGUGGAAGCGGUUCCAGCAAGCGCUGAAGAACUACACUGAGGCAACAGAGGACCGGAAGAUUGCAUUUGAGGCCCUCAAGCUGAAGGAUGAGAAGAGCUCCAAGGAGAUUGAGAUGCAGAUGAAGAAGCUGCUGAAAAUUCAGGACUCCAUUGGCAUCCUGAAGGGCAAGAUCACGGCACACAUGCGGGAGGCCGAGGAGCAGAACCGGCACGUGCGAGAGGAGAAGGAGGUCGUGCUCAAGCAGCUGCAGAAGCUCAAGAGCCAGAUGAACCAGACCAGGGCCAAGGCCAGGAGCAACCUGGCCAAGCUCACCCUGGAGAGCAGCACUGCCCUGAAGAAGCUAAGGGGCAUCAUAGAAAAGGCAGAGCUCACCCUGAGGCUGGCUGAGAUGUGUCGGAAGCUGGAGACCGAGGAGGAGAAGGUGCUGCCAUUCUACGCCUCCUCGCUGAGCAGGGAGGAGCAGGAGGAGGUGGAGCAAAUCUCCCUGGAGAAGCCUGGGGAGCAGCUGGCCCGGCUGAUGCAGGACUACCUGGGCCUGGAGCACUUCUGGCAAAGGUACAACAAGGUGAAGCUGGAGCAGCUGUCUCUGGAGCGGGAGAAGGCAGUGCUGCGCCAGGAGAACCAGAAGCUGCGUCUGCUCCUCAAGCAAUACCUGGACGGGAUCUCGGUGAGCGAUGAGGUGCUCAGCCAGCUCAAUCCACUGCUCAUCCUCAGCCACAAGCCCCAUGCGCCUGGGCCCGCUGGCAAAGCCCCCUGCAAACGGCCCCUUCACAAUGUCAUCGAGGCUGCCCACGAGGUGCCACACAUCCUGUGAGCCGCCCACCUGCCCAGCCCAGGCCACGCUGGGAACUGCGCUCUGCGAGCUGUGGCAGCUCGUGCCUGGUGCGUGCAGCUGGGAGAGUCGGCCGUGAGGAGCGGCGAGCGCUUCCCCAGCGGUGCUGUCCCACUUGCUGGGGAAACUCCGUGCCCGUAGGAAGCUGCCAUUAAAGGGUUGAACUGAU